UUUCUGGGCUGCUAGGUCGUUCCCGACUGCUGAGCCAGCCUAUGUCGAGUGGCGCCCACAGCGAGGAGGGCUCAGCUCGCAUGUGGAAGGCCCUCACCUACUUCGUGGCGCUCCCCGGGGUGGGAGUGAGCUUGCUGAACGUCUUCCUGAAGUCGCACCACGGAGAGGAGGAGAGACCCGAAUUCGUCGCCUACCCCUAUAUCCGCAUCAGGUCCAAGCCCUUUCCCUGGGGAGAUGGUAACCAUACUUUCCAUAACCCUCAUGUGAAUCCGCUUCCAAUUGGCUAUGAAGACGAAUAA